CCGACCGCCAUUUUUCCUUUUGCGUGUCCCAACUUUGUGUGGUGAGCUGCCUGUCAGAAGUUGCUUUUAAAUCGAAACCACAACUAUUCAAAAAGUUUGAAGGUGUUUUAACAUAGCAGUGUAGGUACGUGACAACAAAUUUGUUUAGCAAGAUCAUGCUGUUGGGACUGCAGACUUUGCUAUCUUUUCUGGCCAGCUUUUUGUUGGUUAAAGGUGACAACAUCACCUACCAUCACAACUACAAGCGCAGUUUUACACCAACUUCUGUGUAUCGCUUACCUUACUACGGCCAAAUUCGGUAUACGAUUUACGAUGGUAAAGAGAUUAUUAUUGAUGGAAGCCUCCCUUCUAGAGGAACAAGGACGACUUUGGAGCUAUGCGAUACCAACAGAUGCAACAACCAUGUUCCAAUCCACGUAUCAUUCCGACUGAACACAAACCAAAUGAUGGUCAGCUCUAAGACAGCUGGGAAGUGGAACCGCGAAAUUAACGUGGGCUCGAGCCCUGUGACCAAAGGACAGACUUUCACCAUCAAGUUCAUCAUUCACAGCAACAAGAUCAGGAUUUACAACAAGCAGAGAUUAGUGUAUGAUUUUAUAAACCCCAUUACCUUCGACAACAUCCAAUUUAUCUCCAUUCGUGAUAAUGCAGUUGUGACUUCGAUCCUGUAUUCUAAUUCAAACAUUGUUAUUCCAAGAUCAGCACACGGACAAUAUAUCAUUUUACAAGCCACACCCACAAGUGCUGAGAGGUUUACCUUUACGAUCGAGUGCCGGUACGACGUCACCAUGCAGCUUGAGGCCUUGUUUAACUUCGAAGGAGAUGAGAAUGAAGUCCUCGUCACCAAACGCAUCAGCGGCGUUUGGGACACUGAGUACGAAUGCUGCUGCGUUUUUCCCUUCACAGUCAACACGGCUUUCACAAUGAGGAUUAUGUACAGUACCACGGAUAUUGAGAUGACUGUAGGAGAUGCAGAUGAAUUCAAGUACAAGCAGUCGUCUGUAAGCGGUUGCACAGAGGAAAAACUUGUCUGGAGCCAAAUGACCGUCUCCACACUGCACACCACGUGAACCAUCUCAAUCGACUGACCAAAUGACAAGAUACUGACAAUCGACUGACCAAAUGACAAGAUACUGACAAUUGACAGACCAAAUGACAAGAUACUGACAAUUGACAGACCAAAUGACAAGAUACUGACAAUCGACAGACCAAAUGACAAGAUACUGACAAUUGACAGACCAAAUGACAAGAUACUGACAAUUGACAGACCAAAUGACAAGAUACUGACAAUUGACAGACCAAAUGACAAGAUACUGACAAUUGACAGACCAAAUGACAAGAUACUGACAUUUGACAGGCCGAAUGACAAGAUACUGACAAUCGACUGACCAAAUGACAAGAUACUGACAAUCGAAUGACCAAAUGACAAGAUACUGACAAUCGACUGACCAAAUGACAAGAUACUGACAAUCGACUGACCAAAUGACAAGAUACGGACAAGUGACAGACCAAAUGACAAGAUACUGACAAUCGACUGACCAAAUGACAAGAUACUGACAAUCGACUGACCGAAUGACAAGAUACUGACAAUCGACUGACCGAAUGACAAGAUAGUGACAAUCGACUGACCGAAUGACAAGAUAGUGACAUUUGACAGACCGAAUGACAAGAUACUGACAAUCGACAGACCGAAUGACAAGAUAGUGACAUUUGACAGACCAAAUGACAAGAUACUGACAAUUGACUGACCAAAUGACAA